CAUGGUUUCGUCUUCCCCAAACAGAUUCUCACUGCAACGUUUAUUGGAUUGGCCAUCUUAGUGGCAGCAACUAUGCGCUAUCAUCACCUCCACCGGAACCACCAGAUGAGGUGCCAAAACAUCAUUCCACGGUUUCACAAAUCAGAUUCCGAUCACUUUGAUAAGAUCGAACGUUUCUCACAUUUUGUAGCUAGACAAAUAGGAUUUGAAGAUCCGAAUGAGUGCCCACAGCUGUGCAACUUAGCCAACGAUUAUCUGAAGAAAAGUGAAGGGUGUGAGGACAACAUUUAUGAGUAUUUCUCCAGUGAUCCACAAGCUGAUUCCCUUUUCGAUAUGCUCAUUGAAGCCAUUGAUAGAUGCAUUCUUGCUUACUUUUCUUUCCAUUGGAGCCAAACUUCUGUUAUGAUGAGUCAGGUAUUGAGGGCUGAUUCAGAACCAAUAACGAAGCUGAAGAACAUCGUAAUGGCUGCCACUAGAAAGAAGAGAUUUGAUAGGGUGAGCAAAGACUUGAAGAUCACCAGCUUGUUCUCUACACUUGUGACUGAGAUGAAAGCAAUUGGCAUCCCAUCAAAUAAUGAUGACUCCCAUUGCACGGAUGUGAUGGUACCAGAGGCCCUCAGUGAGAGGAGCCCUGUGCUCCUCUUGAUGGGUGGUGGAAUGGGAGCUGGCAAGAGCACUGUCCUUAAGGAUAUACUAAAAGAAUCCUUCUGGGCAGGGGUGGAAGGGAAUGCGGUGGUAGUUGAGGCAGAUGCGUUUAAAGAAAUGGACGUCAUUUUCAGAGCCCUCAGCUCUACAGACCCCGAUGACAUGCUGCAAUCAUCUGAACUGGUGCAUCAAUCCUCCACCCAUGCAGCAUCAUCCCUCCUUGUAACAGCACUCAACGAAGGGCGUGAUGUGAUCAUGGAUGGUACCCUCUCAUGGGAACCUUUCGUUGAACAGACGAUUGCAAUGGCAAGGAAUGUUCACCAUCACCGGUACCGAAUGGGUGUCGGAUACAAAGUUGCCGAGGAUGGGACUGUAAUUGAAAACUACUGGGAACAAGUAGCAGAUGAUGAUGAUAAAGAAAAUCUAGAACAAAAGGAAGCAGCCAAGAAGAGAAAACCAUACAGGAUAGAACUAGUUGGAGUUGUAUGUGAUCCUCAUCUAGCCGUUGUUAGAGGCAUCAGGAGAGCUAUUAUAAUGGGAAGAGGUGUGAGGGUGAAAUCACAGUUGAACUCCCACAAGAGAUUUGCAAAUGGAUUUCUCAGAUACUGUCAAUUAGUUGAUAUUGCCAGGCUAUAUUGCACCAAUUCUAUGGGAGGCCCACCUAAGUUGAUAGGAUGGAAAGAUGGAGAGAACAAUUUGUUGGUUGAUCCGCAAGAGGUAGACUAUUUAAGGACAGUAAGCAUGUUGAAUGAGGAUGCAGAAUCCAUAUAUGAACUUUACACGCACCUUAACCUGACAGGAAAGUCUGGUUCGGUUUGGAAAGACAUCUUGUUGUCACCUUCAAGAGCUUAUUAUCAAGAGGAACUAAAGAUUGCCAUCCAGAAAGCUGAAUAUCAAAGAUAAAUCACCAGUGAGGGAGCAGUGUAGUUUCAUAUCCUCUGAUCCAUGGC